AUGGGUGUAGGCUUCGGUACCUCAAUGCCGAGGCUGCUGGCAGCAGCGCUCUGCCUGCUGGCUCUGGUGCCCCAGCUCCUGCCUCAGUGUAACGCUGUGGAAAAGGAUCUCAGCAACAGCCGUGGGGUAUGGGAUGGAGGAGGUUGCAUCUCCCAGGAGUCCUUGGCCUCAGGGUGCCCCAGUGCACCCCCGGCUCGCAGGACAGAAGGAAGGAAUCAUUCAUCAGCCGCACUGAUCUCCAGGGAUGAUGAGACCAGUUCUACCAAUUCCAUCACAUCCCUGCUGAGUACACAGAAAACAACCACACCUGUGACAGCAAAUCCUGAAGUCAGUUCAUCUUCAACUAUGGAGGUCAAUACUACACCUGUUCCCAAUACAACAGAAGGAAAUAAUCCAUCAUCACCGAACUUGGUGUCCAACACGAAGGUGAGCAGUCCUUCUGAUGUCCCUACCUCGCCUCCUACUCCAGGAACCACUAUUUUGACUACAACACCAAAGGUCAGCUCAUCUUCAAUUGUGGAGGUCACCACCACCACUGUUUCUAACCAACCAGAAGGGAGUACUCCAUCAUCCAUGACCCUGCCCACAAGCACAUUGGUGACCAAGUCUCCUGAUAUCACCACCUUGCCCCUCAGCACUGAGGACACAACCACACCUGUGAGUACAACUCCUGAAAUCACUUCAUCUUCUCCUAUGGAGGUCACCACCACCUCUGUUUCUACACCACCGGAAGACAGUUCUCUAUCAUCUAUCACCUUAGUUUCCAGCACGACAGUGACCAGACCUCCUGAUGUCACCACCUUGCCUUCCACAUCCGGUCCCACAACCACACCUUUGACUACAACCCCACAAGUCAGUUCAUCUUCAAUGGUGGAGGUCACCACCACUACUGUUUCUAACCAACCAGAAGGGAGUACUCCAUCAUCCACUACACUGUCCUCAAGCACAUCAGUGACCAGUCCUCCUGAUGUCACCACCUUGCCCCUCUCCACUGAGGCUACAACCACACCUGUGAGUACAACUCCUGAAAUCACUUCGACUUCUCCUGUGGCGGUCACCACCACACCUGUUUCCACACCACCAGAAGGAAGUUCUCCAUCAUCCACCACCCUGUUCUCAAGCACAGUAGUGACAAGUACUCCUAGUGUCACCACAUUGGCCCUCAAGCCAGAGGACAAAACCACACCUGUGACUAUAACUCCUGAAGUCAGUUCAUCUUCAACAGUGGAGGUCAUGACCACCUCUGUUUCCACACCACCAGAAGAAAGUUCUCUAUCAUCUACCACCUUGGUUUCUAGCACAACAGGGACCAGUCCUCCUGAUGUCACCACCUUAUUUCCUACUUCCGGGGUCACAACCACACCUUUGACUACAACCCCAGAAGUCAGUCCAUCUUCAACUGUGGAGGUCACCACCACCACUGUUUCUACCCAAACGGAAGGCAGUACUGCAUCAUCCACCACCUUAGUUCCCAGCACGACAGUGACCAGUCCUUCUGGUGUCAACACCUUGCCUUCCACUCCAGAGGCCACAACCACACCUGUGAGUACAACUCCUGAAAUCACUUCAUCUUCUCCUGUGGAGGGCACCACCACCCCUGUUUCCACACCACCAGAAGGAAGUUCUCCAUCAUCCACCACGUUAGUUCCCAGCAUGACAGUGAACAGUCCUUCUGGUGUCACCACCUUGUCUCCCACUCCAGAGGCCACAACCACACCUUUGACUACAACCUCAGAAAUCAGUUCAUCUUCUCCUGUGGAGGGCACCACCACCCCUGUUUCCACACCACCAGAAGGAGCUACUCCAUCAUCCACCACCCUGUCUGAAAGCACAUCGGUGACCAGUCCUCCUGAUUUCACCACCUUGCCCCUCACCACUGAGGUCACAACCACACCUUUGACUACAACCUCACAAGUCAGUUCAUCUUCAACUGUGGAGGUCACCACCACCUCUGUUUCCACACCACCAGAAGGAAGUUCUCCAUCAUCCUUGACCCUUUCUGGGAGCACAGUAGUGACAAGUACUCCUGGUGUCACCACAUUGCCCCUCAACACAGAGGACACAACUACACCUCUGACUAUAACUCCUGAAGUCAGUUCAUCUUCAACAGUGGAGGUCAUGACCACCUCUGUUUCCACACCACCAGCAGAAAGUUCGCUAUCAUCUACCACCGUGGUUUCUAGCACAACAGUGACCAGUCCUCCUGAUGUCACCACCUUAUCUCCGACUUCUGGGGUCAAAACCACACCUUUGACUACAACCCCACAAGUCAGUUCAUCUUCAACUACUUCCACUGUUUCUACCCAAACGGAAGGAAGUACUCCAUCAGCCACAACCCUGGCCUCAAGCACAUCAGUGAUCAGUCCUCCUGAUAUCACCACCGUGCCCCUCACCACUGAGGUCACGACCACACCUGUGAGUACAACUCCUGAAAUCACUUCAUUUUCUCCUGUGGAGAUCACCACCACACCUGUUUCCAUACCACCAGAAGGCAGUACUCCAUCAUCCACCACCUUAGUUCCCAGCAUGACAGUGACCAGUCCUCCUAGUAUCACCACCUUGCCCCUCACCACUGAGGCCACAACCACACUUGUUAGUACAACUCCUGAAAUCACUUCAUCUUCUCCUGUGGAGAUCACCACCACUCCUGUUUCCACACCACCAGAAGGAAGUUCUCCAUCAUCCACCACCUUAGUUCCCAGCACAACAGUGACCAGUCCUUCUGGUGCCAACACCUUGUCUCCCACUCCAGUGGCCACAACCACACUUUUGACUACAACCCCACAAGUCAGUUCAUCUUCAACAGUGGAGGUCACCACCACCACUCUUUCUACCCCACUAGAAGGAAGUACUCCAUCAUCCACAACACUGUUCUCAAGCACAUCAUUGAUCAGUACUCCUGAUAUCACCACCUUGCCUCUCACCACUGAGGCAACAACCACACCUGUGAGUACAACUCCUGAAAUCACUUCAUCUUCUCCUGUGGAGGUCACCACCACUCCAGUUUCCACACCACCAGAAGGAAGUUCUCCAUCAUCCACCACGUUAGUUCCCAGCACAACAGUGACCAGUCCUUCUGGUGUCACCACCUUGCCUCCCACUCCAAAGGCCACAACCACACCUUUGACUACAACCUCAGAAAUCAGUUCAUCUUCAACUGUGGAGGUCACCACCACCACUCUUUCUACCCCACUAGAAGGAAGUACUCCAUCAUCCACAACACUGUCCUCAAGCACAUCAGUGACCAGUCCUCCUGAUGUCACCACCUUGCCUCUCACCACUGAGGACACAACCACACCUGUGAGUCUAACUCCUGGAAUCACUUCAUCUUCUCCUGCGGAGGUCACCACCACCAAUGUUUCCACACCACCAGAAGGAAGUACUCCAUCAUCCACCACUCUGUCUGCAAGCACAUCAGUGACCACAACUCCUGAAAUCACCACCUUGCCUCUCACCACUGAGGCCACAACCACACCUGUGAGUACAACUCCUGAAAUCACUUCAUCUUCUCCUGUGGAGGUCACCACCACUCCUGUUUCCACACCACCAGAAGGAAGUUCUCCAUCAUCCACCACCUUAGUUCCCAGCACAACAGUGACCAGUCCUUCUGGUGUUAACACCUUGUCUCCCACUCCAGUGGCCACAACCACACCUUUGACUACAACCUCAGAAAUCAGUUCAUCUUCAACUGUGGAGGUCACCACCACCCCUGUUUCCACACCACCAGAAGGAAGUACUCCAUCAUCCCCAACCCUGUCCACAAGCACAUCGGUUACCAGUCCUCCUGAUAUCACCACCUUGCCCCUCACCACUGAGGCCACAACCACACCUGUGAGUACAACUCCUGAAAUCACUUCAUCUUCUCCUGUGGAGGUCACCACCACCCCUGUUUCCACACCACCAGAUGGAGCUACUCCAUCUUCAACCACCGAGUCCUCAAGCACAGUAGUGACAAGUACUCCUGGUGUCACCACAUUGCCCCUCAACCCAGAGGACACAUCCACACCUCUGACUAUAACUCCUGAAGUCAGUUCAUCUUCAACACUGGAGGUCAUGACCACCUCUGUUUCCACAACACCGGAAGAAAGUUCGCUAUCAUCUACCACCUUGGUUUCUAGCACAACAGUGACCAGUCCUCCUGAUGUCACCACCUUAUCUCCUACUUCUGGAGUCAAAAACACACCUUUGACUACAACCCCAGAAAUCAGUUCAUCUUCAACUGUGGAGGUCACCACCACCACUGUUUCCACACCACCAGAAGGAAGUACUCCAUCAUCCCCAACCCUCUCCGCAAGCACAUGGGUGACCAGGCCUCCUGAUAUCACCACCUUGACCCUCACGACUGAGGCCACAACCACACCUUUGACUACAACCCCACAAGUCAGUUCAUCUUCAACAGUGGAGGUUACCACCACUACUGUUUCUACCCCACUAGAAGGAAGUACUCCAUCAUCCACAACACUGUUCUCAAGCACAUCAUUGAUCAGUACUCCUGAUAUCACCACCUUGCCUCUCACCACUGAGGCAACAACCACACCUGUGAGUACAACUCCUGAAAUCACUUCAUCUUCUCCUGUGGAGGUCACCACCACUCCAGUUUCCACACCACCAGAAGGAAGUUCUCCAUCAUCCACCACGUUAGUUCCCAGCACGACAGUGACCAGUCCUUCUGGUGUCACCACCUUGUCUCCCACUCCACAGCCUACAACCACACCUUUGACUACAACCUCAGAAAUCAGUUCAUCUUCUCCUGUGGAGAUCACCACCACCCCUGUUUCCACACCACCAGAAGGAGCUACUCCAUCAUCCACCACCCUGUCUGAAAGCACAUCGGUGACCAGUCCUCCUGAUGUCACCACCUUGCCCCUCACCACUGAGGCCACAACCACACCUUUGACUACAACCCCAGAAGUCAGUUCAUCUUCUACUGUGGAGGUCACCACCACCACUGUUUCUACCCAACCAGAAGGAAGUACUCCAUCAUCCACAACACUGUCCUCAAGCACAUCAGUGACCACAACUCCUGAUAUCACCACCUUGCCCCUCUCCACUGAGGCCACAACCACACCUGUUAGUACAACUCCUGAAAUCACUUCAUCUUCUUCUGUGGAGGUCACCACCACUCCUGUUUCCACACCACCAGAAGGAAGUUCUCCAUCAUCCACCACGUUAGUUCCCAGUAUGACAGUGACCAGUCCUUCUGGUGUCACCACCUUGUCUCCCACUCCAGAGGCCACAACCACACCUAUGACUACAGCCUCAGAAAUCAGUUCAUCUUCAACUGUGGAGGUCACCACCCCCACUGUUUCUACCCCACCAGAAGGAGCUACUCCAUCAUCCACCACCCUGUCUGAAAGCACAUCGGUGACCAGUCCUCCUGAUGUCACCACCUUGCCUCUCACCACUGAGGACACAACCACACCUGUGAGUACAACCCUUAAAAUGACUUCAUCUUCUCCUGUGGAGGUCACCACCACCCCUGUUUCCACACCACCAGAUGGAGCUACUCUAUCUUCUACCACCUUGUCCUCAAGCACAGUAGUGACAAGAACUCCUGGUGUCACCACAUUGCCCCUUAACCCAGAGGACACAACGACACCUUUGACUAUAACUCCUGAAAUCAGUUUAUCUUCAACAGUGGAGGUCAUGACCACCUCUGUUUCCACACCACUGGAAGAAAGUUCUCUAUCAUCUACCACCUUAGUUGCCAACACGACAGUGACUAGGCCUCCUGAUGUCACCACCUUGCCUCCCACUUCCGGGGCCACAACCACACCUUUGACCACAACCCCAGAAGUCACUUCAUCUUCAAUUGUGGAGGUCACCACCACCACUGCUUCUACCCAACCAGAAGGAAGUACUCUAUCAUCCCCGACCCUGUCCACAAGCACAUCAUUGACCAGUACUAUUGAUAUCACCACCUUGCCCCUCACCACUGAGGCCACAACCACACCUGUUAGUACAACUCCUGAAAUCACUUCAUCUUCUUCUGUGGAGGUCACCACCACUCCUGUUUCCACACCACCAGAAGGAAGUUCUCCAUCAUCCACCACCUUAGUUCCCAGCACAACAGUGACCAGUCCUUCUGGUGUUAACACCUUGUCUCCCACUCCAGUGGCCACAACCACACCUUUGACUACAACCUCAGAAAUCAGUUUAUCUUCAACUGUGGAGGUGACCACCACCCCUGUUUCCACACCACCAGAAGGAAGUACUCCAUCAUCCCCAACCCUGUCCACAAGCACAUCGGUUACCAGUCCUCCUGAUAUCACCAACUUGCCCCUCACCACUGAGGCCACAACCACACCUUUGACUACAACCCCACAAGUCAGUUCAUCUUCAACUGUGGAGGUCACCACCACUCCAGUUUCCACACCACCAGAAGGAAGUUCUCCAUCAUCCACCACCUUAGUUCCCAGCACGACAGUGACCAGUCCUUCUGGUGUCACCACCUUGCCUUCCACUCCAGAGGCCACAACCACACCUUUGACUACAACCCCACUAGUCAGUUCAUCUUCAACUGUGGAGGUCACCACCACCACUGUUUCUACCGAACCAGAAGGAAGUUCUCCAUCAUCCACAACACUGUUCUCAAGCACAUCAUUGACCAGUACUCCUGAUAUCACCACAUUGCCUCUCACCACUGAGGCGACAACCACACCUUUAACUACAACCCAAGAAGUCAGUUCAUCUUCAAUUGUGGAGGUCACCACCACCACUGUUUCUACCCAACCAGAAGGAAGUACUCCAUCAUCCACAACACUGUCCUCAAGCACAUCAGUGAUCAGUCCUCCUGAUAUCACCACCUUGCCCCUCACCACUGAGGCCACAACCACACCUGUGAGUACAACUCCUGAAAUCACUUCAUCUUCUCCGGUGGAGGUCACCACCAGCACUGUUUCCACACCACCAGAAGGCAGUACUCCAUCAUCCACCACCUUAGUUCCCAGCACGACAGUGACCAGUCCUUCUGGUGUCACCACCUUGUCUUCCACUCCAGAGGCCACAACCACACCUGUGAGUACAACUCCUGAAAUCACUUCAUCUUCUCCUGUGGAGGUCACCACCACUCCUGUUUCCACACCACCAGAAGGAAGUUCUCCAUCAUCCACCACCUUAGUUCCCAGCACAACAGUGACCAGUCCUUCUGGUGUUAACACCUUGUCUCCCACUCCAGUGGCCACAACCACACCUUUGACUACAACCUCAGAAAUCAGUUCAUCUUCAACUGUGGAGGUCACCACCACCCCUGUUUCCACACCACCAGAAGGAAGUACUCCAUCAUCCCCAACCCUGUCCACAAGCACAUCGGUUACCAGUCCUCCUGAUAUCACCACCUUGCCCCUCACCACUGAGGCCACAACCACACCUGUGAGUACAACUCCUGAAAUCACUUCAUCUUCUCCUGUGGAGGUCACCACCACCACUGUUUCCACACCACCAGAAGGCAGUACUCCAUCAUCCACCACCUUAGUUCCCAGCACGACAGUGACCAGUCCUUCUGGUGUCAGCACCUUGCCUUCCACUCCAGAGGCCACAACCACACCUGUGAGUACAACCUCAGAAAUCAGUUCAUCUUCUCCUGUGGAGGUCACUACCACCCCUGUUUCCACACCACCAGAAGGAAGUACUCCAUCAUCCACCACCCUGUCCGCAACCAUAUCAGUGACCAGUCCUCCUGAUAUUACCACCUUGCCUCUCACCACUGAGGACACAACCACACCUGUGAGUACAACCCUUAAAAUGACUUCAUCUUCUCCUGUGGAGGUCACCACCACCCCUGUUUCCACACCACCUGAUGGAGCUACUCCAUCUUCAACCACCGAGUCCUCAAGCACAGUAGUGACAAGUACUCCUGGUGUCACCACAUUGCCCCUCAACCCAGAGGACACAUCCACACCUCUGACUAUAACUCCUGAAGUCAGUUCAUCUUCAACACUGGAGGUCAUGACCACCUCUGUUUCCACAACACCGGAAGAAAGUUCGCUAUCAUCUACCACCUUGGUUUCUAGCACAACAGUGACCAGUCCUCCUGAUGUCACCACCUUAUCUCCUACUUCUGGAGUCAAAAACACACCUUUGACUACAACCCCAGAAAUCAGUUCAUCUUCAACUGUGGAGGUCACCACCACCACUGUUUCCACACCACCAGAAGGAAGUACUCCAUCAUCCCCAACCCUCUCCGCAAGCACAUGGGUGACCAGGCCUCCUGAUAUCACCACCUUGACCCUCACCACUGAGGCCACAACCACACCUUUGACUACAACCCCACAAGUCAGUUCAUCUUCAACAGUGGAGGUCACCACCACUCCUAUUUCCACACCACCAGAAGGAAGUUCUCCAUCAUCCACCACCUUAGUUCCCAGCACAACAGUGACCAGUCCUUCUGGUGCCAACACCUUGUCUCCCACUCCAGUGGCCACAACCACACUUUUGACUACAACCCCACAAGUCAGUUCAUCUUCAACAGUGGAGGUCACCACCACCACUCUUUCUACCCCACUAGAAGGAAGUACUCCAUCAUCCACAACACUGUUCUCAAGCACAUCAUUGAUCAGUACUCCUGAUAUCACCACCUUGCCUCUCACCACUGAGGCAACAACCACACCUGUGAGUACAACUCCUGAAAUCACUUCAUCUUCUCCUGUGGAGGUCACCACCACUCCAGUUUCCACACCACCAGAAGGAAGUUCUCCAUCAUCCACCACGUUAGUUCCCAGCACGACAGUGACCAGUCCUUCUGGUGUCACCACCUUGUCUCCCACUCCACAGCCUACAACCACACCUUUGACUACAACCUCAGAAAUCAGUUCAUCUUCUCCUGUGGAGAUCACCACCACCCCUGUUUCCACACCACCAGAAGGAGCUACUCCAUCAUCCACCACCCUGUCUGAAAGCACAUCGGUGACCAGUCCUCCUGAUGUCACCACCUUGCCCCUCACCACUGAGGCCACAACCACACCUUUGACUACAACCCCAGAAGUCAGUUCAUCUUCAACUGUGGAGGUCACCACCACCACUGUUUCCACCCAACCAGAAGGAAGUACUCCAUCAUCCACAACACUGUCCUCAAGCACAUCAGUGACCACAUCUCCUGAUAUCACCACCUUGCCCCUCUCCACUGAGGCCACAACCACACCUGUUAGUACAACUCCUGAAAUCACUUCAUCUUCUUCUGUGGAGGUCACCACCACUCCUGUUUCCACACCACCAGAAGGAAGUUCUCCAUCAUCCACCACGUUAGUUCCCAGUAUGACAGUGACCAGUCCUUCUGGUGUCACCACCUUGUCUCCCACUCCAGAGGCCACAACCACACCUAUGACUACAACCUCAGAAAUCAGUUCAUCUUCAACUGUGGAGGUCACCACCCCCACUGUUUCUACCCCACCAGAAGGAGCUACUCCAUCAUCCACCACCCUGUCUGAAAGCACAUCGGUGACCAGUCCUCCUGAUGUCACCACCUUGCCUCUCACCACUGAGGACACAACCACACCUGUGAGUACAACCCUUAAAAUGACUUCAUCUUCUCCUGUGGAGGUCACCACCACCCCUGUUUCCACACCACCAGAUGGAGUUACUCUAUCUUCUACCACCUUGUCCUCAAGCACAGUAGUGACAAGUACUCCUGGUGUCACCACAUUGCCCCUUAACCCAGAGGACACAACGACACCUGUGACUAUAACUCCUGAAGUCAGUUCAUCUUCAACAGCGGAGGUCACGACUACCUCUGUUUCCACACCACUGGAAGAAAGUUCUCUAUCAUCUACCACCUUAGUUGCCAGCACGACAGUGACCAGGCCUCCUGAUGUCACCACCUUGCCUCCCACUUCCGGGGCCACAACCACACCUUUGACCACAACCCCAGAAGUCACUUCAUCUUCAAUUGUGGAGGUCACCACCACCACUGCUUCUACCCAACCAGAAGGAAGUUCUCUAUCAUCCCCGACCCUGUCCACAAGCACAUCAUUGACCAGUACUAUUGAUAUCACCACCUUGCCCCUCACCACUGAGGCCACAACCACACCUGUUAGUACAACUCCUGAAAUCACUUCAUCUUCUUCUGUGGAGGUCACCACCACUCCUGUUUCCACACCACCAGAAGGAAGUUCUCCAUCAUCCACCACCUUAGUUCCCAGCACAACAGUGACCAGUCCUUCUGGUGUCACCACCUUGCCUCCCACUCCAAAGGCCACAACCACACCUUUGACUACAACCUCAGAAAUCAGUUCAUCUUCAACUGUGGAGGUCACCACCACCACUCUUUCUACCCCACUAGAAGGAAGUACUCCAUCAUCCACCACACUGUCCUCAAGCACAUCAGUGACCAGUCCUCCUGAUGUCACCACCUUGCCUCUCACCACUGAGGACACAACCACACCAGUGAGUCUAACUCCUGGAAUCACUUCAUCUUCUCCUGCGGAGGUCACCACCACCAAUGUUUCCGCACCACCAGAAGGAAGUACUCCAUCAUCCACCACUCUGUCUGCAAGCACAUCAGUGACCAGUCCUUCUGCUAUCACCACUUUGCCCCUCACCACUGAGGCUAAAACCACACCUGUUAGUACAACUCCUGAAAUCACUUCAUCUUCUUCUGUGGAGGUCAUCACCACCCCUGUUUCCACACCACCAGAAGGAAGUACUCCAUCUUCCACCACCGUGUCCUCAAGCACAGUAGUGACAAGUACUCCUGGUGUCACCACAUUGCCCUUCAGCCCAGAGGACACAACCACACCUGUGACUAUAACUCCUGAAGUCAGUUCAUCUUCAACUGUGGAGGUCACCACCACCUCUGUUUCCACACCACAAGAAGGAAGUACUCCAUCAUCCACAAGCCUGUCGUCAAGCACAGUAGUGACAAGUACUUCUUAUACCACCUCAUUCUCCCUCCCCCCAGAGGACACAAGCACUCCUGUGACCAUAACUCCAGAAAUCACUUCAGCUUCAACCAUGCAGGUUACUACCACUCCUGUGUUUCCACCUACUUACGGAACCACCACCACUACUAUCACCACCAGCGUUACCACCUCCAUGCUUCCAACCACCACACAGGUUCAAUGCAUGAAUGGAGGACUGUUGGUUGGAGGCGUGUGUGAAUGUCCUGUGGGCUUCUCGGGAGAUCGGUGUCAGAAUGCUCUCAUUAUCUGCCAAAAUGGCGGCUCCUGGGAUGGGCUCAAGUGCCAGUGUACCAGCCUCUUCUACGGACCAAGGUGUGAGGACGUGGUGGAGAGUAUCGAGUUAGAACAGACCGUCUCUGCCCAGGUAGAUCUGACCGUGACAGUCACCACUGAACAGUUCAGCAGUGAGCUACAGGACCGGAAUUCCAAGAGAUUUAAGGAGUUCAAUGAGACCUUCACAAAACAGAUGGACCAGAUCUACGCCGGUAUCCCCGAGUAUGGAGGAGUGAACAUCACAAGGCUGAGUUCUGGCAGUGUGGUGGUGGAGCACGAAGUCAUCCUGAAGGUCCAGUACGUCCCAGAUUACAAGGAAGUAUUCAACAAGGCCAAAGCAGAAGUAGAGGAAAAAAUCCAGACUGCAACGCAACAGCAGAUAAGCGUCAAUAACUCCUGCUCCUCCAUCCUCUGCUUCAAUUCAACUGCCACCGUGGUGCAAAACUUUACUGUUGCUGAGAACAAUUUUGAAGAGGAAUGCCAGAAAAAGGCUGGGGAGGAUUUUGCACCCUACUUCCGGGUGGAGUUCCUGAAGGGCAAGCUGUACUGCGUCACGCCCUGCAUGGCCGGCUUCAACUUCUCCAAGGACUGUCACUAUGGAAAGUGCCAGCUACAGCGCUCUGGGCCCCGCUGCCUCUGUUUGAGCACCGACACGCACUGGUACCAAGGGGAGACUUGCGAGUGGGGCAUCCAGAAGAGCCUGGUGUUCGCGCUCGUGGGUGCAGCAGUCGUGGUGGUGUUGGUGGCCCUCGUUGUCCUCGGCUUCUUCACCUUCCGCUUCAAGAGGAAGGCCCAAAGGCAAAAGCUCAAAGUGUCGCAGUUAUACAAAUGGAAUGAAGAGGAGGGUAGAGCAGCUCCUGGAACCUUCCAGAACAUUGGUUUCGAUCCCAGUCAGGAAAGGGAAGACUACAUUCACCUGGACUCCAUGUACAGCACCUUCCAGCCCUCCCUGAGCCACAUAGACCUGGAAAGAAAGGUCCAAAUCCAGAGGCCAGAGGUGGUCAUGACGUCCCUGUGA